AUGGAGUACGCGCAGAAGUCGGCACGUCUGCCGCGCAGCGCCGCCGAGAAGGAGCGUUGGAAGCGCGUCAUCGUCAUCUUGGAACACUGCCCGCUGCAGACGAUCCAGACCGACCGCGGCUUUGAGCUGCUCAGCGACCGUCAUCGCUCGUACCACGCACGCCACAACCAGGACCCUGCGGACUGGCGUCCCGAUGUGGUGCAUCAGUGCCUCCUGCACCUGCAGGACUCCGCGCUGAACCGCGCCGGCAUGUUAGAGGUGUACCUCCACACCAAGAAGCAAGUGUGCAUCGCCGUCGACCCCCGCCUGCGCGUGCCGCGCAACAUCCGCCUGUUUGAAAAGAUGAUGGUCUCGGUCCUCUUCAAGUUAAAGGUACGCGCCAGCACCGGCUACCUGUCUCUGCUGCGCGUUGUAGGCAACCCCAUCACGGACCACAUCCCCGCCGGCACCCGCCUCUACCGCGUGGAGAAGGACGGCGACCUCGUUGACCCCUUCACGUUCUGCGCCGCCUGCGGGUACGCCGCGGACGCCGCGGAGGAGCACAAGACGGACCGUGCGAUUAGCCUGGCGAGGCGGCGGCUUACCUCCAGCACGAGUGGCGCACUGACCGACACGGCCGCCGAGGCGGGGACGGUGGAGUUCGCCAAGGUGCAGCGCCAGGCCGCCGAGCGUCGCCAGUUUCAGCCGUUUGCCUUCAUCAUCGGUGGCAUGUCGCGCGGCGACGUCACGGUGGACUACGCCCGGCCCGGCGAGGUGUCGAGCAUUCGGAUCGGCGACCGCGGUAUGUCCGCCGCGGCGGUUAUUAGCGUCCUGUUGCACGGCUUUGAGGAGGAUUGGCUGCGCGAGGACAACGAGGCGUCGUGA